CCCCCAUUGUUCGCCGGGGCGAGUCACUCAGAGCGGGGCGGAGUGGAGUCGAGUGAGAGGCAAGCAGGGCGGUGGCGACAGGGCCGGCAGAGCAGCCAUGGAGGUGGUGAAUAUGAUAGAGCAACCCAUCAAGGUGACAGAAUGGCAGCAAACAUACACCUACGACUCAGGCAUCCAUUCCGGAAUUAACACCCAGGUGCCUUCAGUCAGCAGCAAGUGCUUGGUGGAUGAUGAUGAUGUUUAUGGCAAGCAGUACACAAUUAAGAAGACCACCACUUACAGCCAGUCUGGAGCUGGGCAGGCCCAAGUUCAGGCCCAGGCCCAAGCGGAAUUGGAGUCCCAGCUUGCCAUGACCCGUGCCCAGCGCAUCAGGGCUGCCAUGUAUCCAGAGACAGUGGAGGAUCGCUCCCUUCUCAUCACCACCCAAGUUGAAGGGCAGCAAACAAACGUGCAGAGGCUGGCCGAGCCUUCUCAGAUGCUCAAGUCUGCCAUUGUGCACCUCAUCAACUACCAGGAUGACGCUGAGCUGGCCACUCGCGCGAUCCCUGAACUCACCAAACUCUUGAAUGAUGAGGAUCCGGUGGUCGUCAGCAAAGCAGCCAUGAUUGUGAACCAACUGUCCAAGAAGGAGGCGUCACGCCGGGCUCUGAUGCAGUCCCCGCAGAUUGUCGCUGCUGUGGUGCGCACCAUGCAGAACACUAGCGACCUCGAUACGGCCCGCUGCACUACCAGCAUCCUGCACAACUUGUCCCACCACCGUGAAGGGCUGCUUUCCAUCUUCAAGUCUGGGGGCAUCCCAGCUCUUGUGCGCAUGCUCAGCUCUCCCGUGGAGUCGGUCUUGUUUUAUGCCAUCACCACCCUUCACAACCUGCUGCUGAACCAGGAAGGUGCCAAAAUGGCUGUGCGUCUGGCAGAUGGCCUUCAAAAGAUGGUCCCCCUGCUGACCAAGAAUAACCCAAAGUUCCUUGCCAUCACCACUGACUGCCUGCAGUUGCUUGCAUAUGGGAACCAAGAAAGCAAGCUCAUCAUUUUGGCCAACAGUGGCCCCCAGGCUCUUGUCCAGAUCAUGCGCAGUUACACAUAUGAGAAACUGCUGUGGACUACCAGCCGUGUCCUCAAGGUCCUGUCCGUCUGUCCCAGCAACAAGCCAGCCAUUGUGGAAGCUGGUGGCAUGCAAGCUCUGGGAAAGCACCUGACUAGCUCCAGCCCAAGGCUUGUGCAGAACUGCCUAUGGACUCUGAGGAACCUCUCAGAUGUGGCCACAAAGCAGGAGGGUCUCGACGGUGUGCUGAAGAUCCUGGUCAGCCAGCUGAGCUCAGAUGAUAUCAACGUGCUGACCUGUGCCACUGGCACCCUCUCAAACCUGACCUGCAACAAUAGCAAGAACAAGACCCUGGUGACCCAGUCGAAUGGCGUGGAGGCUCUGAUACACACCAUCCUCCGAGCAGGAGACAAAGAGGACAUCACUGAACCAGCGGUCUGUGCUCUCAGGCACCUCACUAGCCGGCACCCAGAAGCUGAGAUGGCCCAGAACUCCGUGCGGAUCAACUAUGGCAUUCCUGCUAUCGUGAAGCUGCUUAAUCAGCCCAAUCAGUGGCCGUUGAUCAAGGCGACCAUUGGACUCAUCCGUAACCUGGCCUUGUGCCCUGCCAACCACAUUCCCCUGCAGGAAGCUGCCGUCAUCCCGCGCCUGGUCCAGCUGCUCGUGAAGGCUCACCAAGACGCCCAGCGCCACGCAGCUGCUGGCACGCAGCAGCCAUACACGGAUGGGGUAAAGAUGGAAGAGAUUGUGGAAGGCUGCACAGGCGCACUGCAUAUUUUGGCUCGUGACCCCAUGAACCGGAUGGAAAUCUUCCGCCUGAACACCAUUCCUCUCUUUGUGCAGCUCCUGUACUCUCCAGUCGAAAACAUCCAGCGUGUGGCAGCUGGUGUGCUCUGUGAGCUGGCCCAGGAUAAAGAGGCAGCCGAUGCCAUCGAUGCAGAGGGCGCCUCAGCACCACUCAUGGAGCUUCUGCACUCCAGGAAUGAAGGCACAGCUACAUACGCAGCAGCUGUGCUGUUCCGCAUCUCUGAAGACAAGAACCCCGACUAUCGGAAGCGUGUCUCCGUGGAACUCACCAACUCACUUUUCAAGCAUGAUCCUGCCGCUUGGGAAGCUGCCCAGAGCAUGAUACCUAUUCAUGAACCAUACACUGAUGUGGAGCUAGAUGCCGGUUAUCGCGGCAUGUACUCGGGCGAAAUUCCCAUGGACCCCAUGGACGUGCACAUGGAGAUGGACGGUGACUAUGGCAUGGACGCGUACAGCGACGGCGUGCGGGCACCCUACACGGACCACAUGCUUGCUUAACACGCCCCCUUGGGCAGGGCUCAAGAUGUUUUCUUAACACAGAAGAGGGCAGCCCCAGUGCUCAACCAUGGGCACUUGGGAGACAGAAGUGCCUGAGAAAGAUGAUGACAAACUCUUCCUUUCACUGCAAGGAGGUUCUAUUUUCUAAAGCAAAACCAUUUUUCCCUCUUGUGGGCAAAAGGAAAGACCUCCACCCCAUCGUUGGACUGCUCCUAACAACCUUGUGAUAACUUUUUACUAGCAGUCCACAAGAUCCUCCCCUGCACCACCACCACGCACCCACUUUUAAUCAGCCUAUCCUCCUCCUGCCCCGCACCAGUUUUUCUGCAAAUCUGGACAACAUUGUCAAACUGCCAUUGGAUCCUCACCAGAGUAUUUUUCAAAUGCACACACAUUUUUCUGUGUUGUAUAUUGACAGAUUUUUCUUUCUCUGAUUGCACUUCUAACGCUUGUCAAUUGGGAAGUGUGCAAAAUGGAAACGUUGCUAUUUUUUCUUUUGCCUUUGAGGAUUUUUUUUAAAAAUAAAGAACAGCUGAUGGGUGUGAGUUUGCCAAGAAAGGAACAGCUUUGCAUUUCUCAGCUUCAUUUUUUUAACCUUCAGCAGAUGUGGCGGUGGGCUUUGGCACCUCAGUUGAAGAAUCCCUUAAACCUACAAAGUGGAGUAACUAACAAUUCUAAGAAAACUCUCCUUCUACUGACGACCUCUUGCACAUUUUUAACCUAAGCCCUUCCUUUUCUUCCCUCCCCCAACUUUCCUGGUGAUUGGCAUGUUCUCUUCUCCCUUCCCCUCUUGUUCCUUCUAAUGCAUUUUUAAAAGCGGCUCUCUCAAUGUGAUGGCUUGAGGCUUCCACUGGAAAAGGGAUCGAUGUAGCUGCAAAUAUACUUCAGAAAAUUUUAUUAUUAUUUCUCUAAGGGAUUUUUUUGUAUAGACCAAAGCGAAAAAACAAAUAAAAACUCAAACCCAAACUUGCAA